UGGGGAAGUCUUCAUUCAACGGACAGCUUUCUGAAAGACGUUCACAGAUCAACUCAUCAUGCUGAUGUACCUGAUCCUCGCCUGCGCUUUUAGCGCUAUUAACGCGGCUACCGAAUGCGGUCAACCGGAGAUUCCACCGGUUGAGAUGUCAACUUUCAUCGUUGGUGGUCAACCUGCCGAACCAAACAGCUGGCCCUGGAUGACUGAAGUGAUCAAGAAUAACGGACACUACUGUGGAGCCACACUCAUUGACAAUCAAUGGGUUGUCUCUGCAGCCCAUUGCUUUGAAAGCUCACCCAACCUUAACAACUACCAGUUUUCAACAGGAGGGCACCAAAGCGCAGAUACCGGAGAGAGCACUCGUCAGACUUUCAGAGCCCAGAAGAUUAUCCGUCAUGAAGGGUAUUCAGCACUCUCCAGCAGUAACGACAUUGCUCUCAUCAAGCUUGAUGGCCAGGUCACAUAUGAUACCUAUUCCUCACCAGCAUGUCUAGCUGAAUCCAGACCAAGUGAUGGUACAAUGGCCUAUGUCACUGGCUGGGGAGCUCUCAGGUCUGGAGGGAUUUCUCCUAACCAACUUUAUCAAGUCAAUGUACCAAUCGUCAGUGAUGACGCAUGUAAAUCUGCUUACGGCAGUCGCAAGAUUGACGAUUCAAUGAUAUGUGCUGGAUAUAUUGCGGGAGGAAAGGACUCAUGCCAGGGUGAUAGCGGCGGACCAAUGGUGGUGAAGACUCAAACUGGAUUUAACUCAUAUGAAUGGACUCUUGUAGGAGUCGUCAGCUGGGGUUACGGCUGUGCCGAUGCAGGGUACUACGGUGUCUACAGCGAUGUGUCCUAUCUCAACCAGUGGGUAAAGGAUACCAUGGCCAGCAACAAGACGUUCACAGAUCAACUUAUCAUCAUGCUGUGGUACCUAAUCCUCGCCUGCGCUUUUAGCGCUAUUAACGCGGCUACUGAGUGCGGUCAACCGGCGAUUCCACCGGUUGAGAUGUCAACUUACAUCGUUGGUGGUCAACCUGCCGAGCCUAACAGCUGGCCCUGGAUGACUGAAGUGAUCAAGAAUAACGGGCACUACUGUGGAGCCACACUCAUUGACAAUCAAUGGGUUGUCUCUGCAGCUCAUUGCUUUGAAAAAAAUCCCGACUUUAGCGACUACGAGUUUUCCGUAGGAGGUCACGAAAAAGCAGAUACCGGAGAAGCGACUCGUCAGACUUUCAGAGCCCAGAAGAUUAUCCGUCAUGAAGGGUAUAAAGGAAACGGCAACAGUAAUGACAUUGCUCUCAUCAAGCUCGAUGGUCUUGUCCAAUACAAUGACUAUGCCUCACCAGCCUGCCUAGCUACGUCCAGACCAAGUAAUGGCGUAGAUGCCUAUGUCACUGGCUGGGGAGCUUUAAGGUCUGGAGGGAUUUCUCCUAACCAACUUUAUCAAGUCAAUGUACCAAUCGUCAGUCAGGAAGCAUGUGAAGCUGCGUACGGCAGUCGCAGUAUUGACGAAACAAUGAUAUGUGCUGGAUUGAAAGAGGGAGGCAAGGACUCAUGCCAGGGUGAUAGCGGCGGACCUAUGGUGGUGAAGAAUCAAUCUGGAUGGACUCUUGUAGGAGUCGUCAGCUGGGGUUACGGCUGUGCCGCUGAAGAUUACUACGGUGUCUACAGCGAUGUGUCCUACCUCAACCCAUGGAUACAGGAUACCAUGGCCAGCAACUGAACAAUAAUUGAUCACAGUUCCUCCAAGAGUAAUUAAAAUGUGUAAGAAUGUCUCGAUAGUUCGUGAUAAAAGUAUGAUUACAUAAUCUCAACGCUUGCAGGAUUACAUCUUUGAAUGUAUAAUAAUUAUGAACACGCAGAUUCAUAAAACGCCAUUGCAUUGCGGAUAAUAUUCGACAACGCCUUGAUAUUUGGUCAUUUCCAAAAACGAUAACAAAAUAUACGGUAUACUUCACAUUAUCAACCUCGAAGGAAAUAUUCAUUAUUUUGCUAAGUUACAAAAGGGUUACCAUGUUAGAGGUACACGUUUGGAGUACUAUAUACACACAUACAAACAUGUAUGACUGAAAACUAUAGAGAUAUAAUCUCAUAUGAGAAGACAAAAAAGAGAGGGAUGGAAAGAGAAUAGAAAGAAUGAGAACCAUUGGACAAAUAUUUGAUUUACCUUGUUACUAAAAGUUCUGUACAGUUCCUAUUCUCAUGUUUAAGGUAAUUAAAGACCAAUAUAUGAAGUGCAAUAAUGCAUUUUAUGAUGAAUAAACCGAUGUAAAAUGUGGAAUAUUAAAUUACAUUGGAGAUCAUUGCAGUA